AUGGCCGACGCCGAGAAGCUUGAACCCCCCAUGGGCGCCCCUGUAGAGGACCCUGGAGCCCACGAACUUGCUGAGGAGUCCGAGUCCGACGACCAGUUUACAGAUGCUGCGUCUGGCUCCGGGAGUCCCAAGAUUAGUUCGCCCAUUCCCAAGACCCGGGUCGAGAAGGUCGACGAUGAGCCCUCCCACGGCGAGGUUCCGGGAACUGAAGCGUACGAGAUGCGAGGACAAGACGCCAUGCCCGAUGAGAUUGCGCUUGCUCCGGAAGCUGCCGCGUCUCAGGAUGCUCCCCCUAAACCCGAGCUUAAACCCCCUACAAUUACCGUAGAGGAGUCUCCUGGUGGAAGAAACCGAUCAUAUUCAAUUCAAUAUGAGCAGAUGCGCAAGGCAGAUGCUUCCCCAGACAUUCUCCUGGAUUCUGAUGGUCAGAUCAAGGAGAUCCAGGGCGAGCCCGCAAAUGUUAAGAGUAACUCUGAUAAUUCAACACCGUCACCCGAUUCCAAAAGUCCGAAAUUGCAACAAGAUGAAUCUUUCGAGAAGCCCGAUACUUUGGCUACUUCCCGGCAAGAUGAUGACGGUGAUGGUGACGAUAACGAUGAUGACGACGCAGCCCCAAAUGACGAUGACGAUGAAGAUAACGAUAACGAAGACAAUGGCGACGAUGGCUUCGGUGACGAUUUUGACGACUUCGAGGAGGGUAAUGAGGACGACGAUUUUGACGACUUUGAAGAUGGGUUCCAAGAAGCAGAAACUCCAGCGCCCGUUGCCGUACAACCUCAACUACAGUCCACAUUACCAUUUCCCAUACCCGACUUUGACGAGCUUGACCCAGACGCAGUUAUAGCUACACUGGAGCCUUACCUCGCUGCGCUUUUCCCUCCAGAAGAGCUUGAUCUUCCUACAUUCCCUCCCCCGUCAAAAGACUCAGUAUUUUUUACACCAAGAUCAGCCUCUCUCUGGUCUCAACUCGUUGCCCCUCCUCCUUUAGCUCCUCCCGAUUGGAUUCGCUCUCGGACGAGACGCCUUUUCCUCGUGUCGCUCGGCGUCCCCGUCGACCUGGACGAGAUCCUUCCCGCCUCCAAGCAAAAGAAGCUUGUGCUUCCCUCCCUCAACGUCUCCACACUCUCUCCACGAACAUCCACCGAUUCAAGGUCAGUCUCCCGAUUACGGCAAGGCGAGGCCAAUAACUCGUCUACGUCGGUCGACACUCAAGAGAAAGCGUCUGGCUCGUCAAGAAAGCGUCGAGGUCCUCCACCGCAGCCAGAGCUGGAUCUUGUGGCCGCUCGUCAUCUGUGCCAGACAACGGAUGAGGCCCUUGACGGGAUGACCGAUGAGGAACUGAAGGUUCACAUUGCCAAACUGGAAGGUUUGGAGGAAGCAGCAAAAGAAGCGUUAGAGUAUUGGACGAAGAGAACGGACGAAAAGAUUGGCGAUCGAGAAGCAUUUGAGGGAGUGAUAGAAAACUUGGUCAAGCACGCGCGCAAAGUACGCAAAUAG